UCAACAAAGUUUUGGUGGCCCUGCUUAACCCCAGCGACGGCGGCAUCAACAAGGAUAUGGCGAGCGGGAAACGCUUGAUAUUUUGUCUUGUGAUAUUACUGUGUGCCGGGAGCUUUUCCUUAGACAUUGAUGAAAAUGGUUACAUUUUGUAUUGCCCGUGCAUGGGUCGAUUUGGAAAUCAAGCCGACCAUUUCUUGGGUGCCCUUGGAUUUGCCAAAGGUCUAAACCGCACCCUUGUAUUGCCACCAUGGGUUGAGUAUAAGCCAGGAGUAACAAGAUCGAUCCAGAUCCCAUUUGACACAUAUUUCAAAGUGGAGCCACUUGCUAAGUUUCAUCGUGUCAUGACCAUGCAGGAGUUUAUGGACAAAGUUGCACAGGCUAUCUGGCCUCCAGAAACAAGAAUUGCUUUCUGCUAUGUACCUCGUCACAACUCUGCCGGAUGCAAUGCAAAAGACGGUAACCCAUUUGGACCUUUCUGGGAUACUUUCAAUGUAGAUUUUGUUGGUUCUGAAUUCUAUCGUGGUCUCAGCUACGAUGUUCAGUAUCAAAAUAUGGCCGAACAGUGGAAUGAGCUCUACCCACCAACAAAAUGGCCUGUGUUGGCCUUCACAGGAGCCCCAGCAACUUUUCCAGUUCAAGAAAGCAAUCGACACUUGCACAAGUAUCUUGUCUGGAGUGACACCAUACUGAGUAAAGCUCAAAAUUUUAUUUCUUCAUUACCUAGAGGGCCAUUUAUUGGUAUACACCUACGAAAUGGAAUUGAUUGGGUGCGAGCAUGUGAACAUGUGGAACACAGCCCCAACCUUUUUGCUGCACCCCAAUGCUUGGGCUACCGUAAUGAACAUGGGGUAGCUACACUACAACUUUGUCUUCCUUCAGAAAACUCAAUUAUCAAGAAACUGAAGCGUGUUGCUAAGUCAAUUGGGGCAAAAAGUGUUUUUGUUGCCUCAGAUAAUGACCUUAUGAUUGACAAGCUGACUCAAGCAUUAAAAAAAAUGAAAGUGAGUAUACACCAUCGAGAACCUUCGGAGCCUCACGUGGAUUUGGCCAUUCUUGCUCGUGCCAAUCAUUAUAUUGGCAACUGUGUGUCGUCGUUCUCAGCUUUUGCCAAGAGAGAGAGAGAUGCUGUAGGGUUCCCCUCAUCCUUCUGGUCCUUCCCAUUAGAGAAAGAAAGGACAAAGAAAUCUGAACAUACUGAGCUAUAACACAGUAUUAAUUAAAAUAUGAAGUACAUAUAUGCUUUCAAUUUUAUAAUGACCAAGUGUGCUAGAUAAAACAUUUAGCACAAAUAAUAAUUUCCCUUUUUAAAGUACAGAAGAAUAAUGAAGUGUGAAUACUGUAACUGUAUAAUAUACUUCAUACAGCACUAAGGUACUAAGGUGCCUGUGAGCAGACUUAAUGAACAGAAAGUGAAUGAUAUCACUUUUAAUGAGGAAUUACUGUUCAUGAAAGGUCUAUUUACAUAAAGCAUCACAUGACAGUUAAACUAAGUGUAUUCUAAAGUUUAUCAUCCCUCAUCAGAACAUCAUAUCAUUUUUCAACCCUGCCUUUCAAAUUUUUAUGAUACAAGAAUGCACUUGGCCUUAAGUGGUAAGGUUAAGUAUUUUUGUCCUCAUAUGUCAGGAAAUGUAGGGCUGUCACUACCACGGGGCUGUCACAACCUUAUUUUAAAUGCCUAAAGUUUGUAAUAUUCAUUAUGAUUAUAAACACCUUACCAUGCAAUGCUGAAUGACCAACAUAAGUGUAGCAGUUUUAUAAAUAUAAUAAUAAUGAUUAUUAAGGCAAAAUAUAUAGUCGCCAGUUUCAAGACAGUUUGUUUAGAAUUAUUGUUGGUUAAUGGGGUUUAAAGCCUGUUAAUGGCACAAGUGUCACUAAGGCUGCACGUAAUUUUUCACCACCAGUCAAGAAUACUUUAAUUCUUUAAAUAGGGAUUAAAGUAAACUUUCAGCAUAUAUAUGCUGAGAGAGAUACCUUUUGGUGUGUAUAUCUUGUACUGUAGGAGUUUGUUUGAAAAGUUUUCUUGCAUCCACAUAAUGGAACUUUUUGUGACUAACAUUUUGAACCUCGUUAUUGUCUUGAGAUCCGUUCAACAUAGAUUUUCAAAGUGACUACAAGUACUAUAGUUAAGAAGUUACGAAUAAUUUGUAAUAUAAAGCCUUAUGAAGCAUCAAAUAUUUAAAAAUAAAACCGUUUAAUUUCAACCAUAACCAAGUUAAUUCAAGAAAGCUAAUCAGUAUAGCUUAUUUCCAUGGGGGUCUUUUUUAUAAGCCAUUUGUGCAGAAUGCGACCCACAACAGUUGAUUAAUUCCUAGUAACUGUAUUUGCUGUACUGCUAGGUAAGAGGGUAAGCAUGUUAGGAUAGGAGGCUUACCCAUCUGUCUUGCCCUCUCCAGAAUUCUGCCUGGGUCUUUUUGGCUGUGAGUUGAACACUACCUCAUGAGCUAUAAGGUACAGUACAGUGGACCCCCGGUUAACGAUAUUUUUUCAUUCCAGAAGUAUGUUCAGGUGCCAGUACUGACCGAAUUUGUUCCCAUCAGGAAUAUUGUGAAGUAGAUUAGUCCAUUUCAGACCCCCAAACAUACACGUACAAACGCACUUACAUAAAUACACUUACAUAAUUGGUCGCAUUGGGAGGUGAUCGUUAAGCGGGGAUCCACUGUACUUUUAAAUAUGAAGAUAUGUACCCUUUGCAUACAUGCAUUGUCUGGAAAAGGGAAACAUGUCUUAUUAAAAGUCAUAAGCUGAAACAGAGAACACUGCUUUUUUUUUCUAUCUAUAAGGAAUAAUCAGGAUAAUGAAAAAAAAUAGAAGCUAUCAUCAGUGCCGUGUUAUUAUUAGGUUGCAGGGUUGGGACAGCCCCAAGUGGCUCUUUAGUCAGUCUCACUGUUGUGCCAUUGACUACAGGUAUGCUUUUGCAAGCAUAGACUACUUAAUUCAUGUUAGUAAUUUUAUUUAAAUAAAGAAAUCUGAAUUAU